UUUAUCAAUAGGCGUGUUUUAACUACUGUUGUUUUACCGUUACAAUCUGUCUUUUUGCUUUUGUAAACUCUCCCGUUCUUCGUUAUCAUGACCGAAGAGACUAAAUAAAUUUUAUUUAUUCAAAAACAUUUUACUAAAGAUAUAAACAACAUAAUCCCAAUGAGCAAAUGACUUUAUAUUUCAGAUACUAUCCUGACACACGAUGGAUGAGUGCUCCUGCGAUCCCCAAUUAGUGGAAGCUCUCGAGACUUCCGGUGGUAGCUUGUUGAUGAAUUAUCAACGAUUGGAAACUUUACCCGGAAAUAUAUUUUGUAAAAUUCAUUCCAAAUUAGUGAGGAGAAUAUUCGGGAAAUGUAAUUUAAUUAAAUCAAUACCUGGUGUGUUGGUGUACGUGAACAUUGUAGAGAUAUAUCUUCCAUCAAACAGGAUGACCAGACUUCCAGAGUCUAUAUGCGAUCUACAGUCGUUGGAAAGUUUAAAUUUAACCGAUAACUCGGUGGAAGAACUUCCAUCAUCAAUUGGGAAGCUGAAUAAACUAAACCAACUUAUUCUAAGAAGCAAUUGUUUAAAACGAAUACCUCCGGAAAUUGGGAACUUAGCCAAUCUAUGUAUGUUGGAUCUUGCCCAUAAUGGACUGCAUCAAGUUCCUGCUCAAAUCAAAGGAUGUAAGUCUUUGAAACAUCUCUAUUUAUCCAAUAAUAAACUGGCAACACUACAAAGACAAGUUUGCGACUUGGAAACACUGGAAGAUAUCUGUGUUGGAUCACACAAGUAA